AUGCCGGCGGCGGCGGGCGACGGGCUCCUGAGCGAGCCGCCGGCGGUGGCGGGCAGCGGCAGCGGCGGUGAGGCGCGGAAGGCGGCGGCGGGCGCGGAGGGCAGCUUCCUGGCCGCCUGGCUGAGCGCGGCGGCGGCGGCGCCCAGGGAGCGGCUCCGCGACUUCCAGCACACCAAACGGGUCGGCAACUACCUGAUCGGCAGGAAGCUGGGAGAGGGCUCCUUCGCCAAGGUCCGGGAGGGGCUGCAUGUGCUCACCGGAGAGAAGGUGGCAGUGAAAGUAAUUGACAAGAAAAGAGCCAAAAAAGACACCUAUGUCACCAAGAAUCUGCGACGGGAAGGGCAGAUCCAGCAAAUGAUCCGCCACCCAAAUAUUGCUCAACUGCUGGAUAUACUGGAAACUGAAAACAGCUACUACCUUGUCAUGGAGCUGUGCCCUGGUGGCAACUUGAUGCACAAAAUCUACGAGAAAAAAAGACUCGAGGAGCAUGAAGCACGCAAAUAUAUCCGGCAGCUUAUCCUGGCAGUUGAACAUCUUCAUCGCGCUGGAGUAGUUCACAGAGACUUGAAGAUAGAAAAUCUGUUGCUAGAUGAAGACAACAAUAUCAAGCUUAUUGACUUUGGAUUGAGCAACUGUGCAGGCAUCUUGGGCUAUUCUGAUCCAUUCAGCACCCAGUGUGGGAGCCCAGCAUAUGCAGCCCCUGAACUUCUGGCAAGGAAAAAAUACGGGCCCAAAAUAGACGUUUGGUCCAUUGGGGUGAACAUGUAUGCAAUGCUGACUGGAACACUACCUUUUACUGUGGAGCCAUUCAGCUUGAGAGCUUUAUACCAGAAAAUGGUGGACAAAGAAAUGAACCCUUUUCCUACCCAGCUGUCUACAGCGGCAGUAAACUUUCUACGCUCUCUACUGGAGCCAGAUCCUGUCAAGAGACCAAACAUCCAGCAGGCACUUGCAAAUCGGUGGCUUAAUGAGAAUUACCCUGGAAGAGCACCACCUAAUGUCACAUAUCCAAACAGGAUUCACCUUGAGGAUCUCAGCCAAAGCGUGCUGCUUCAUAUGACCGAGAAGCUUGGCUACAAAAACAGCGAUGUCAUCAACACAGUGCUGUCAAACAGGGCAAGUCACACACUUGCCAUCUACUUUCUCCUUAAUAAGAAGCUGGAGCGCUACUUGGCAAGCCUUAGGAAGUCUGAAGGCCAGGACAAUAUUUGCCACAAGAACCAACUAUACCAGAUAGAAAAAUACAAGGCAAAUAAAGACUCCUAUGAGGCCUCGGCACAUAAUUGGGUGAAGGAGCUUUUGUUUUACAACUUAAAGGACAAAAAACUCAAAGAACAAGAAAAGAAAGGGGAGAUUCUUCACCGUCAGCCCCCAAAGAAAACUGAGAAAAGUCCAGUUUCAUAUAGACAGCCUUCUUCCUGUCUUGUCUCACAGAUGCAGAACACCAAGGCUCUGCUGAAGGACCGGAAAGUCACCAAGGCUGGAGGUCCAGAAAAAGACUCCAACGGUGGUGUAAGCCCUUUCCACGAACCCCUGGCAACCAAGACAGGCUGCGUCACUUCCAGCUCCCUGGAGUACCUGGAAGUGCAGCAGCCACCCCCUAGAACCCCUCGUCUCCUCAAGAGGCAGGAGUCUCCGCAGCAGGAGCCGGCCCGCAUCGGGGGCCGGGCAAAGGACUCUCCUCUCAUCCUCAAUAUCGUGCACUCCUUCGAGUCGGUUGACAGAGAGGACCAAAUAGACCAAGUUUCCCCCUCUCACCAGUACAGGAUUUUAGGCUCGCCAAUGAAUUUCCCCUACAAAAGCUCAAGUGAAAGGACACUGUCCCCGCUUUUUCAGCCAGGGAGCACGUCCCCCGUCCACCCCAACCAAGUCUCUUUCACGUAUGAAGAGAAAGCGUAUCCAGGAAAGGAAGAAGCAGCGUCUCCAACUCAGCUGGUUUCCAACAACCCUUUGGGGAGUCCCAACUGUGUUAAAAGCAGAGGCAGAUUCCCCAUGAUGGGGAUUGGACAGAUGCUGCGGAAGAGGAACCAGACAAUGCAGUCAGUGAACGACAAGCCGCUGGAAGCGAGGAUGCCUCAGCUGCAGCAAAUGAGCCCCACACAGAUUUCCUUCAAUGCAGCAGAUGCUGUCAGUGGCCAGUGUUAGUCUGACAUCCCGGGACUUGCGCUGCUCUUCUCUGGGACCUAACCUUUUUUUUCUUUAACAAGAAGGGAAAGCCACAGGCAUGUUAUACUGUCA